AUGCGAGGGAGCUGCGCUCUCCGACGCGGGCCCUCGAGGCCGAGCGCCCGCGCGGCGACGUCGUGGGCGCUGCGCGCAGUCCCCACCAGCCCGUGCAGCAGCGAUGCCCAGGUGGGGUGCCGAUGGAGAGCGUGCAGUGGGACAGCAGCCCAGCAGGGAGUUUCACUUCCCUGCGCCCCCAUGGGUGCCGGUGGACUUCUGCCACCCAGGAGACGGCCGUCGUUCAUCGACGACAACGUCAACUUGCGGGACGACUGGGUCGCGCGCGGCGGCGUCUUCGUCCACCACGUCAGCACGGGGCAGAGCCUCUGGCAGCUGCACCGCCUCGGCGUUCUGCCCGCCCGCUCGCCGCCAGGCCCGCCGUGCCGCCAGGGGGUGCAGGCAGAGUGGGCGCAGGCGUGGUGGGCGGGCACCUGGUGGUGGUGCCGCAGGCUGGCCUCGUUGCCGCAGGCGUCGAGCGGCUCGGACGCAGAGGAGGUGGAGUUCGCGGAGCUCCCGCACCUGGGCUACAGGUGCUUCGUGCCGCCGUCCUCCCUGCGGGCCCCUGGCCCCGGGCCCCCGGGAGGCCGCCCGCCGGUGCGGGAGCCCCCCGCGGCGGCGAGCCGCUGCGGCUGGCGGGGCGCCCAGGAGCACCGCGCCGAUGCCGCGGCGCAGGUCGUCGUGUUCCAGUGA